AUGAUAAAGCAUGACAAGGAAAGUGGCAGUACACAGAAGCCAUCAGCAUCUGAAAAGUCUUCAUCAGCUGCUUCACAGCGGGAGACGAUUAUAAGCGAUCCUGGAGGCAAUGAGAACACCGGUAGAAAGAAAACUAACAAAUAUUUUGCCAAUGAUAAGACUAAGAGUGACAAAGAACAAGAGAUCUCAGGAAAACGGAAAGCCCUAAAGGAAGAGGCUGAAUUGAAACCACCUCCUCACAAGAAACAACACAUAGUUGAUGAGAAGGAUGUUGAUGACUUUGUCUCGAGUAAGACCGGGGCUAGUACUACCCCAACUAAGAAGUUGAAGAGUGUUUCUGGUAGAGGAGUUGUGAAAAAAUCUGAAAUUAAUGAUGAAAAUGACGAUGAAAAAGACAAAAAACCUGCUGGAAGAGACCGUGGUGGAAGAGCUGCAUCAACAUCCCCUGCUGCUGGAAGAGGUAGAGGCUGGGGAGGACGAGGUGGAUUUGCGAAUUUUGGUGAAAGGAAAGAUCCUCCACACAAAGGAGAAAAGGAUGUCCCUGAAGGUGCUCCUACUUGUUUAGCUGGGUUGACAAUUGUAAUUAGCGGAACACUUGACGGUUUGGAACGUGAAGAAGCAGAAGAUUUGAUUAAACGUCAUGGUGGACGAGUGACUGGAUCCAUCAGCAAGAAGACGAGUUUUCUCCUUUGUGAUGAAGACGUUGAGGGUCGGAAAUCCAGCAAGGCUAAAGAGCUGGGCACUCCAUUUCUAACUGAGGAUCAAUUGUUCGAUAAGAUUCGUGCAUCAAAUAAAGGAAAAACACCUGUAAAGGAAGUUCAAAAGAAACCCAUGGAGAAGGUUGCUGCAUCUCCUAUCAAAAAGAGUCCUUUAAAAGAACUGAAGAAAGAACAAGAUGGAGAAUCCCCUGUCAGAAGUGUGGCUUCCAAAGUUUCAGGUAUUUCUCCUGUAUUGAGGAAAGAUCGGAAGACUGAUGGUACUACAUUGCCAUGGACAGAGAAAUAUAGACCAAAGGUCUUUAACGACAUUGUGGGGAAUCAGUCCAUUGUGAAGCAACUUCAUGACUGGCUGUCAAACUGGGAUGCACAAUUUCUCAACACUGGCACUAAAGGGAAGGGGAAAAAACAGAGGGAUUCAGGUGCAAAGAAAGCUGUUCUACUUAGUGGUCCACCUGGAAUUGGGAAGACAACAACUUCAAAGGUGGUUUGCCAGUUACUUGGUUUCCAGACAACUGAGGUUGAUGCCAGUGUUAGUCGAGGAAAAGCUGACUCCAAAAUCGGAAAAGGAAUUUGUGGUAGCAGAGCUAAUACUAUCAAGGAGCUUGUUUCCAUUGCGGCCUUCACGCUCAAAAACGACCAAUCAAAACAUCCAAAGUCUGUGCUUAUUAUGGAUGAAGUUGAUGGCAUGUCUUCUGGAGAUAGGGGAGGAGUGGCUGAUCUUAUUGCAAAGAUUAAAGUAUCCAAAAUCCCCAUCAUAUGCAUCUGCAAUGAUCGCUACAAUCAAAAAUUAAAAAGUCUGGUGAACUAUUGUGAUUUACUGAACUUCCACAAACCUACAAAGCAGCAGAUCGCAAAGAGGUUGAUGCAAGUUGCCAAGGCUGAAGGACUCCAAGCCAAUGAGGUAACACUUGAAGAGCUCGCUGACAGAGUCAAUGGAGACAUUCGAAUGGCAUUAAUCCAGCUUCAGUAUAUGAGCCUCUCCAUGUCAACUAUUAAAUAUGAUGACAUUAGACAACGGCUUCUUAGCAGCGCAAAGGAUGAAGACAUCUCACCCUUCACCCCUGUUGAUAAGCUGUUUGGUUUUAAUGGGGGGAAAUUGCGAAUGGACGAACGAAUAGACUUAAGCAUGAGUGUCCCUAAUCUAGUCCCUCUUAUUGUACAGGAAAAUUAUAUUAACUACAGACCAAGCUCAGGUGGCAAAGAUGAUAGUGGGAUAAAAAGGAUGAAUUUAAUUGCCCAAGCUGCUCAAUCUAUAGCUGAUGGAGAUAUAGUAAAUGUUCAGAUCCAGAAAUAUGUACAGUGGCAACUCUCUCUUUUAGGAAGUCUCGUGUCUUGCAUAAUCCCUGCUGCGCUGUUACAUGGGCAAAGAGAGAUACUUACACAGGGAGAGCGCAACAUUAAUAGGUUUGGUGGAUGGCUGGGUAAGAAUUCAACAACGAGGAAGAAUUUGAGGAUUUUGGAUGACAUGCAUAUUCAUCUUCUUGCAUCUCGUGGAUCUUGCUCGGGAAGGUCAACAUUGAGAGUUGAUUUAUUUACCACUCUUCUUAAACACAUGACUCUUCCGCUCAGAAACCUUCCCAAGGACGAAGGUGUGCAGAGUGUUGUGGAAUUUAUGGAUGUUUAUUCUUUAAGUAUGGACGAUUUUGAUGGUAUUGUUGACAUGUCAAAAUUUCAGAGCCAUCCAAAUCCUCUGGAUGGCAUACCACCUGCAGUGAAAUCAGCACUUACGAGGGCAUACAACAAAGGGAGUCUUUCUCGUGUUAGAACUGCAGACUUAGUCACCGUGACUGGAAUUAAAAAGGCUGUUAAGAAGCGGGUUUCAGCAAUGUUAGUACAGACGCUGAAAAUGAAGAAACUACAGACUGAAAAUGAAGAAACUUCAGACGCUGAAAAUACAGAAGAUGGAGAUGAGAAUGAGAAAAAUGCAGAAGUGGAUCUCCAGAAUUUGAAAUCAAGAGGAUAUCAAGUGCAAAUGGACCUGAAGGGUGGUGGUGGUGGAAGAACCCCAAGCGCAAAGAAGGCACCAUCGGGUAGAGGAAAGGGCGGCGGUCGGGGAUCCAGAAAAAAAUAA